CAAAAAUGGCGAUUUUUCAUUCUGGUGUCAAUACAUGUUUGAGAAAGUAGGUUUGAAAUUAAGUGAAAAAUAAAAAUUCUUCUACUGGAAUAAAUGAUGUGCAAUCACUUUAAAAUUUCCAUUCUUCUUUUUUUUAUCGCAUGUUUUAUAGAUUCUACUCACAGCGCUGCUCCUUUAAAGAUGGUAAUCCUGGGAUUUGAAAGAGACUGCGUAGGUUCCAGCAAAUGUGGCUACACAGGUCGAAUUUACGGAAACAUCGCGGGCGAUUUCUCCAAAUGGAGGGGUUGCUUCGGGAUUUUCUUGGAGCAUUGUUACGUAAGAAAUGAUUGUUCGCGGUAUUCGCCUAAUUGGCAAUCGGAAUGUUUUUUUUCGGGAAACUGUUAUUCCACCGCGUGCCGACAACUGAGUAACGACGAUCACUGCUACUGUGAGGAUAAAAGCAACCCUUUGAGAUUCAGAUUCCGUCCCGGGUAUGCGGAAUCGUGGUACCGUUUAGCAGCCUUCGAAAUCAACCCGUAUAAUCCGAUACCCUACAACAUCAGCGCAUACUUCGAUGUUUCAAAUCCGCCAGCGGGAGUAAAAAUAAUAAUAACGAGUGAAUUGUUGGCCACCACGGAUGGAGAGCUCCACUUGCAGGCAGAUCCAAUCAUUAUGUGUAUUGGACUAAUGCACGCACUUGUCAAGUCUAUAGAACUACUAAACAAAGACUGGUUUUAGUCGAACGUGUGGCUGUUCAGCUAUCUAAUCAAAAAUGUGGUAAUUUAGCUGCUUAAUACGUUGUUCGUUAGCUAGGUCUAGCGAAACAUGUGAUUUAAUUAAAUAUGUGAUAAUUUAGCUACUUAUAACGUUGCUGUUGAGCUAGAUUUUUUCAUUAUUUCUCUUGGUUUCAUAAAACAUUUGAUUGUUUAGGUUGUUCUCAUGAAACAUGUGUUUGUUUAUCUGGUUGUAAUGAAACGUGUUUGUUUAACCAAUUCUAACAUAGCGUGCUUGUUUAGCUGGGUCUGAUGACUAAUUUAAUCGUUUAGAUUUUGUCCUAAGAAAUCGUUAUGGGUAAUUAAAUUGACUGAGUCUUCGUCAACGGCAAGAAUCUUGGCUAAUGUACUCAAAAAUAUGGUUUACUUAUAUAACAUAACAAAUUGAAAGUGGACUUAUUGCCGUUGGUUAGAUGUGUAAGAUGGAGGACGUUGGAGAAAGCUGGGGAGUAUGAAGGCUAUGACAGUAGAAUUCUUUGUUCCAUCUAAGAGUGCUUAGACUAUGCUUGAUUAUUAAAAGACCUGUUACAGUCUUUUUGUGGGUUUUCUAAAAUACGAUUAUAUAUAUUUUUUAUAAUUAUUUUCGUCGUCUUCAUGCCUUCUCAACCUAUUCCAAAUACACAGUCCACCCCACACAUUCCAAUAGGAGUUCCAAACAAAACCCACCACACACAGUCCAACAAAGGUUUCACACACUUACCCAAAACUAAACUCAAUAUACAGACGUGUAAUAACUAUUACAUAAUGAUCCCGUACUUUUAAAAUUGAUUAUUAUAUUAUAUUGAUGCACGUUCAUAAUAAUGUAAACAAACACGGAACAAUAAAAGCA